UAGGUGCGGCUAGUUUGACCGCUCAUUUCGAAGUGGCGGCUGGCUUGACCGCAGUCUCAGACGAGAGCUCCAGCCUCGCGAGCGUGUAUGCCACCAGCGACGGCGUGAAGAAGCGGCUCGUGUGGGGAAUUUGCAGGACACUUCAGGCUGCUAAUAAUUUGUAUAUCUGAUUUCAGGAUGGAGUCUCUAUUUGGAUCUGUUGGUUUGGGUAUACUGGCAGGUGUAGGCUGUGGGAUCUUGCUUGGGUGGCACCUUUGUGGGCAGUUUGGUAGAUCAUCCCACAAUAUGAAGGCAGCUUUAGGAAGCAGCAGCGGCAGUGAGAGCAGCGUGAUGGGCGAGAGCGGAGAGUUCAAAAUGAUCUUGGUUGUCCGAACAGAUCUGAAGAUGGGCAAGGGCAAAGUGGCUGCCCAGUGCUCUCACGCUGCAGUGUCUGCAUACAAACAAGUCCAGCGCAGAAACCCAGAGCUCUUGAAACAAUGGGAGUACUGCGGGCAGCCGAAAGUGGUGGUGAAGGCUCCAGAUGAGGACUGUUUGCUCGAGCUGCUGACCCAUGCUAAAGUGGUUGGGCUGCCGGUCAGUUUGAUCCAAGAUGCUGGAAGAACCCAAAUCGCACCAGGGUCACAGACUGUGCUUGGUGUGGGACCCGGACCAGCAGAUCUCAUUGACAAAGUGACCGGACACCUAAAACUAUAUUAAAUGAUACCAAAUAAAGCAGCUAUUGGACUAAAAUGGGACUAAAGUUGUCAUGAAGGUGGACAGUUUUGACCAAUCCUAGAUAUUGUAGUUUUUAUACAAAGGAGGAAGAUUAGAAAGAUGCAAGGGGAGUGAAGGGAUAAAAUGACACAGGUUAAUUUAUAAUUUGACCAUUUAUUUUUAAGUAAACAGUUCAUCAUUGAACAGGAGUACAUUUGUUUUGUCAUAAGUAUAUGUACAGAAAGGGGCUAUUUGAGUGAAGUUAUUUGGGAAUCUCAUUUAUAUAUCCAAAACACACCCCUGGUACCCAAUGGAGUAAAAUACAAUUGUUUGGUAAACUUUGAGAUAAAUUACCUGCUUUUUGAAGUGGAUAGCCACUUAUGCCUUUGCCAAUAUGAACAUUUUACUGACCAUACUAUUAAAUAAACUUCAAAAUGUCGUCUUAUGAAGUCAGUGGUGAGUAUAAAAGGAAUAGGAAAAUAAAAUUUUUAAUUCUCUCAUUACUGACUUGAACUUAUGCCAUCUCAGAUGUGUAUGACUUUCUUCUGCAGAACAUAAAGGUUUUUAAAGAAUUUCUCAGCUCUGUUUGUCCAUUCAAUGCAAGUUAAUGGUGGCCAGAACUUCAAAGGUCCAGAAAGCAUGUAAAGGCAGCAUUAAACAAUCCAUAGUUAAAUCGAUAUAUUCAGAAUAUAUAUGGGUGAGAAACAGGUCAAUGUACAAGCCCUUUUUUACUAUAAAUGUGAACUUUCACUUCCGCAUUAUUAUUCUUUUGUUUUUGGCUAUACACAUUCAUGCAUAUUGCCACCUAUCAGGAAAGAGAAUUUAUAGUAAAAAAAAAAAAAAAGUGCUUAAAUAUGCAUUUUUUUUUUCUCACCCACACCAUCAUAGAGCUUUUGAAGACAUUACUUUUAUGCGCUUUUUGGAGCUUCAAAGUUUUGGUCACCAUUCACUCACUGAAUAGACCUUGAAAGCAGAGAUAUUCUUCUU